CACCAUCAUUCACCCUCACUCUCUAUCCAUCUUUAUAUUUACUCUUUCAAAAUAUCACUUCUUCUACUGCUUCUACAACUGCUGUAGUAAUUGCCCAGGACAUUUAAUGGAGGAUUUGAACAACAAUGUCCCAUCCCGAAGCGACCCGUGCGGAGUCUUUGGACGAGCAAGAACAUAGGGGGGGAGCUGACGAUAAGAAGUCUAAGAACAGGAGACCAGCAAAUACUGCGUUCAGACAGCAGCGCUUGAAAGCCUGGCAACCAAUAUUGACCCCAAAGAGCGUACUGCCUCUUUUUUUUGUUAUCGGUGUGAUAUUCGCUCCCAUUGGUGGUCUCCUGCUAUGGGCCAGUUCACAGGUACAAGAGAUUGUCAUAGACUAUUCUGAAUGUGCUGAGAAGGCGCCCACCUCCUAUGCAGCCUCUAUUUCAGACCAAGUCAAAUCUUCGUUCAAAUCAUCAGGCGAUAAUUCCAUUCCAACGUGGCAAAGAUUCAAUGAGAGCGGAACUACAGUUUGUCGAUUGAUGUUUGAGAUUCCGGAUACCUUGGAGCCGCCUGUGCUUCUAUAUUAUCGCUUAACGAACUUUUAUCAGAACCAUCGGAGAUACGUUAAGUCCAUGGACACUGAUCAGUUGAAAGGAAAAGCAGUUGACAACAACACCAUAAAUGGUGGCUCUUGUGACCCCCUCAAACUUGACCCCUCAACUGGCAAAGCGUAUUAUCCAUGCGGCCUUAUAGCCAAUUCUCAAUUUAACGAUACCAUCCGCAGCCCAAAGCUUAUUAACAAUGGUGUGACUGCUGAGACCUACAACAUGACUAAUAAAGGCAUUGCUUGGGACAGUGACAAGCAGCUCAUCAAGAAGACUCAGUAUAACAAAUGGCAGGUGGUUCCUCCGCCUAAUUGGCACGAUCGAUACCCUAACGGUUAUGUCGACGGUAUACCUAAUCUUCACGAAGACGAAGAGUUUAUGGUAUGGAUGAGAACUGCUGCGCUGCCGGCUUUCAGUAAGCUAUCCCGCAGAAACGACACAACGGCAAUGACUGCAGGAAUCUAUCAAUUGGACAUUGAAGACCGCUUCCCUGUCACCGAGUACGGAGGUACUAAAUCGAUACUCAUAUCAACACGGACUGUGAUGGGCGGGCAAAACCCAUUCAUGGGUAUUGCCUACGUCGUUGUAGGUGGACUAUGCAUUGUUCUCGGGGCAUUAUUUACCAUUGCACAUCUUGUUCGGCCGAGGAAACUUGGCGACCACACUUACUUGACCUGGAACAAUGAGCAGGAGAGCUCGGCUGUGGCGACCGGGCGGGAUGGCAGAUUUGGUUCCCAUGCUACUUAAGAAGCAUACUUUCACUUUCCCCUUCACUUAUUGUUCAUCGAUGUUGGUUCUGCUCAUGCUCUUCUUGGUCUACGGACCUAACUUACAGUGUGACUUUUUACUAGGCGUUUGUAGGUGGCGUUCCUAAACAGGAUCUGAUACCCACAGGUAUUUCCCGUGGGCCCAUGUUUUAUGAUAGUUUCGACACAUCUGUCUAUCUAGGAAAAAUAAACCGCACCUGCUAGUCGCU